AUGGAUCGACUCGAGGGGUACCAGGCCCGCAUAAGACCGGCAAAUAUCGAUGUACAUUGUGCAGCGCUACGCCAACGGUACUUUCGCGGGCUCACAUUACGCCUCACUCAUUACGGCGUCUCCGCGCAACUCCCCAACACUGCCCAAGGCCAAAAAGCUGCGAUGAGGAGCAGAAUUGACAUAUUGACAACAAAAAAAUGGCGGAUUUCACUGGACGUAAAACAAUUAAGGCUUCUCCUCAAGUACACGACCUUCAUCUGGAUAUGCGCCCUGCAGCUGUUUUUGCGAGACGGCCAUUGUCUGCCCUGUCGCGACGAUGGCUACUGGCUAUCUCGGCCGAGUACGAAGUUGGUUACUCGCGUUCACCCGACGGAGAGUGGUCACCCCAACUUCCGAGACGUCACAAUGGAUGUAAUAAAGGACGGUACCCAGGACACUGCAAACGAUUCAAUAUCUCCCUCGCUGAAUACCCAAAUGAACGUGAAAAACUCCGACUCUGAAGAAAUCGACCUUACACUUGAUGUGAUGCCUAACGACAGUCGAUCUAACGGUUAUUCCGGAAAUCCCGUUUCGGGAUCAACAGGCAAUGUUCCGGCAUUAAAUGACGAAGGCAUCAGUGGAACCGUAGCAAAAUAUUUUGGAGUUGUUCUGGAGAUUCCAAAAGUGACUUCACUGAUGAAUAUUCAAGAAGACGACGAAGUCACAAUGGAUGUAGGAAAGGACGGUAUUCAGGACACUGCAAACAAUUCAAUAACUCCCGCGUUGGGUUCCCAAAUGAACGUGCAAAACUCUGAUUCUGAAGAAAUCGAUCUUACACCCGAUGUGAUGCUUAACGACAGUAAACCUAAGGAUUAUUCCGGAAAUCCCGUUUCGGUAUCAACAGGCAAUGUUCCGGGAUUAAAUGACGAAGAGACCAGUGGAACCUUAACGAAAUAUUUGAGAGAAGAUGUCCUGGAGAUUCCAAAAGUGACUUCACUGAUGAACAUUCACGAAAAGGACGAUGAUGAGAUCAGUGAUCCAGAAGAAAAAUAUUUAGAUGUUACGGAGGUUCCAAUAGUGAAUUCACUGAUGAACAUUCAAGAGACGGGCGACGAUGAAAUCGAUCUAACACUUAUCUCCGCGGCCAAUGGCAAAGUAUUUGCAAAAGAUCCUGUUUCCAGUGCAUCAAAUGAUUCCCCGGGCUUAAAAGACGAAGAAAUCGAUCUUACACCUGACGUGGUGGCUAAUGGCAAUAGCCCCACGGAUUUUCCCGGAUAUCCCGAAUCGAUCUCAACAAACAAUUGUCCCGAAUUAAAUUCUGUGGAAGACCCCAGCAUUCCGUGGAAAAGAGAGCAAGUGUACCGCUGGGGCGACUGGAUUAUCACGUCCGACAAUCGCCUAUAUCGAGCGGUGAACACC